CGCGUAUUCCCACUUCAUUUUGUUCCUGUAACUGACACACUACAACUAUUACAACCUGUAAAAAUGAGUCGUGGAUCCAGUGCUGGUUACGAUCGUCACAUUACUAUCUUUUCGCCUGAAGGUCGAUUAUAUCAAGUUGAAUAUGCUUUCAAGGCCAUUUCAAAUGCUGGCAUUACUUCGGUUGGUGUACGAGGCAGUGAAGGCUGUGUAAUUGUCACGCAAAAGAAAGUUCCCGAUAAAUUACUCGAUGCUUCGACCAUCACGCACAUUUUCCAGUUGACACCAAAGAUCGGCUGUGUAAUGACCGGCAUGACGGCCGACGCACGCGCACAAGUUACCAGAGCACGUCAAGAAGCUGCUGAAUUCCGAUACAAGUAUGGCUAUGAAAUCCCAACGGAUAUGCUGGCGAAGCGUGUUGCCAACAUCAACCAAGUGUAUACGCAACAAGCUGCCAUGCGACCACUGGGUGUCUCAAUGAUUCUGAUCGGCCAUGACGACGAAUGGGGACCGCAGUUGUACAAGUGUGACCCUGCUGGUUACUAUGUGGGCUACAAAGCAACUGCAGCAGGAGCAAAACAACAAGAAUCAUUGAAUCAUCUUGAAAAGAAAUUGAAAAAGAACCCAUCAUUGAAUAUGGAGGAUACCAUUGAGUUGGCAAUCACGACAUUGUCGACUGUGCUGGCUGUGGAUUUCAAGGCGAGCGAAAUUGAAGUUGGUUUGGUGACAAAGGACAAGUCAGACUUCCAUACGCUUUCUGUGGACGAGAUCGAGGAGCAUCUGCAGAGAAUCGUAGAAAAGGACUAAACAUCUAAUAAAAUCAACGGCGACCAAGGAGAGCUCCUCGAUUUUUUAUCCCCCCCAUCCAACAACAGGACUUGCAGGGUUUGCAUUUUGAAUUUAUUAAAGUGAUCAUCUACAUAUCAAUGAGUACAUUACAAGGCGGGCCUACUUUCAAAACUAAAAGGCCAUGCAGAGGAAGGUGGUG